AUGCCCCUCGACAUCAAUUCUGCUGUAACGGAUCCGGAAUCAAUCAGGUCAGCUCGACAUACUGUGCCCACAGAUAUGACAUCUGCUAUCAUGUCGAUCAAGAUGUACCGCAUUCGAUCCCGCAUACAUGCAGCCUUGCCAGCUUUGAGGAAUCCCGCAACCUCACGCGAGCUGACUGUAGAAUUCCUUACGGAAUUAGAGAAGUGGAGACGAAAUAUACCAACAACUCAAGGGGAUCAAGCCAUUCCUAUGCAAGCUGAGGAUCGACUGAGGUGGCGCUAUUUCCUCUGCGUCCUGUUGGUAUUGCGACCUUCCAUCAUCAAAGCCAAUCCAGGUGAUCCGACUUUGAGUCUAUGCGCUACUGCCGCUGCAGAAGCUUGUGAGCUUGACAGGACUGUUCACAAAGGUCCAGCUACAACGCAAACGACGAUCAGUGUAUGUCAUACUCUGCUAUGUGGUACAACUCUGCUGUAUUGUUUAUACAUCUCCCCAAGCGUCAUCUCCAGAAAAACUUCUUCAAGGGCAAUACGUGCAUGCUCAGGCACUUUAGCGGUGUAUAGUCAACUUUUCCACGAGGCCCGUCCUUUCGCUGAGGUGUUCGAACAUAUGGCCGACGAAAUCCUGACCGAAGCCUCAUCAAAUACGCAAUCGCUCACCAAUGUCAUAAACACAAUAACGUCUAUGUUUCAAGGAAAUUUUGUACCACUGGCAGCCCUAUAUGACUCGCUCAAAAGCCAAAGUCAGGAAGAUCUGGCUCCUGGUCUCAAAAUGCAAACUGAUCAUGAGAGGACUCACGCAAACAAUGCGAAUGAACAAGUCCAGCAACCAGAAUUGACAUUACUACAACAAGAAUCAACUGGUCUGACACCAUUUUUGAGCGAACCCUCUGGAGAUCAGAUCGAUCAAUUGACGAAUAGUAUCACGUCAGACGUUACCAAAUCUGCGGUCGUAGCUGAAGAUGGUCUUGAUCUCAAUUGGCUCAAUCUGGAUAACGCUCUCUGGGAAUAUAUGACCUGA